AUGUAGCAAUAUCAAAAAACCUUCAUUGUAAAACCAGUAGAUCGAAACCUGAUAGUUCGAUCUACUCUCAAGUUGCCACAAAUUAGGUAAGAUAUCCGAAUUCAUUAGAGCAUUGGAAUGAUGAAUAUCCCCAAUAGAUCAUCAGAGCAUAUUCGUAAUUCACGCUUACAUACCAAAACCAAAACCAGAGACACCAUUAAGGCUGUUGUUAAGGAACGUCCUCAUUUUAAGUAGUUGCCAACUGAUAGAACCAUGCCUACUUUGCCAUCGUUAAAUUCUCCCAGGUCUGAAGAUGAGGGAGAUUCGACUCAUAAAAGUUUGUUUUCCCUCAGAAGAACUGUAAUUGAUACUCUCUCUUUGCGUCAAUCUCGAAGGACUAGUGUGGAGAAGGAACGGUUCAAGGAGGAGAAGAAAGACGAGAAGAGGGAGGAAAAGAAUGAAGAAGAGAGAGCAGAUGCCAAACUAUCAGGUCGACAUUAUGUGAAAUCGGAGGAGCAACAAACAGUUCAUCAACAACUAAGCAAAUCCCACGGUGAACUGAAUGAAAAUCACAUGAAUCUAGAUGAAGUCUUGGAGGAACCUGUUGAAGAAAUAAGACCCAAGAAGGAAUCUCAAUCAAUCAGACCCAAAAAUGAAAGUGUAUCUUCACAAUUCACCCAAAUUACUGAUGAAAUACAUUCAGUGUGGGAUAACGUCGAUUUGUAUUUGAGAGGAGUGCAAUUUGAUGAAUUUGAAUAAUAGGCUUAACUGCAAUCAUUCUUGUAGCUCUACAAAAUGAGAAGUGGAGGAUUCCCUAACUUGUCAAAUGAAGAAGUUAUCAGAAGAGCUGCUGAAUAUGCGAAAGGCAAUCGCCAAGUAUUCAAGAAAUAUUUCCCAACUAAACAGGUCGUCUUUGAAAAUGAAGAAGAUUACACACAAUCAUAUGAUGUUAAUAGUGAUGCUAAUUUUUAAAAAUUCUAAAAGUAUAUUCAGAAAUAUAAUCAAUAAUGA